CACGGGUAGGGAGUCCCCAACUCCGCGGGAGCCGGGCGCGCCGCGGAGCGGUAGCCGCGCCGAGUGAGUUCUUUCCUGCCGUCCUCUUAGUAAACGUCGGGCGAGGCUCGGUGCCGUGGCUUAGAGGUCACCCUCUGGAGGUUUCGGUGAAACCUGGAGGGAAGGAGCCGGGGCCCGGAGUCGCGCCUCGGGAGCCAGCUCGGCCCUUCGUGGCGUGCGUGUCGGGGAGACCACGGUGCCCUCCGCGUUGACAGCUCGCCCCCGCCGCUCGGGGAGAAGCCGGCUGCAGGGCUGGACAAGUGAUGGUCCAGGUGGAAUCUGCAGCGCGUCAAGAGCUGCCGCUUGUUAUGGGAUUAAAAACCAAACUGUACUGGCCAAGAUCUUGAAAAACAGUAGCGCCGAGUUAAUCGGGCAGUUCAGUUUCACGAGGCUGUUUGUUGCCCAUCCCAACGCUACCUGUUAAGACAUCUUGCUACCCCCAACUCUUUCUUUCAGCUUACAUGGGAAAAGCCAUGUAGUCUUUUGCUGUGGAAUGAUUGCAUAAUUGGAGGAGAGGCCGGUUAUUUUAUGAUGAGGCUUUUGCUAUGGCUAAUGACCCCUUAGAAGGCUUCCAUGAAGUAAACCUUUCUUCGCCUACUUCUCCGGACCUUCUUAGUGUAUAUGAACCAGGGACUCAGGAGCAGACUACCUCACCAAGCGUCAUCUACCGGCCACAUCCUGCAGCUUUAUGCCCUGCGCCUGUCCAGGCUAAUGCCUUGGAUGUUUCUGAUCUUCCUACACAACCUGUGUAUUCAUCCCCCAGACAUUUAAACUGUGUGGAAAUAUCUAAUAUCAGCAUUCAUGUUACAGACCCAGCACCGACUGCUACCUCAGGAGUUUCAUCUGGGCUGACUAAAUUAACUAACAGGAAGGACAGCUGUAAUGCAGAGAGGGAGUUUUUACAGGGUGCUACAGUCACAGAGGGCUGUGCUGGCAGUGAAGAUAUUUUUGGUUUGAGUACUGAUAGUCUGUCCCGUUUAAGAAGCCCAUCUGUUCUGGAAGUUAGAGAAAAGGGCUAUGAAAGACUGAAAGAAGAACUUGCAAAAGCUCAGAGGGAACUGAAGUUAAAAGAUGAAGAAUGUGAAAGGCUUUCAAAAGUUCGAGAUCAACUUGGACAGGAAUUGGAAGAACUCACAGCUAGUCUGUUUGAGGAGGCUCAUAAGAUGGUGAGAGAAGCAAAUGUCAAGCAGGCAACUGCAGAAAAACAGCUGAAAGAAGCACAAGGGAAAAUUGAUGUACUUCAAGCUGAAGUGGCUGCAUUGAAGACCCUCGUAUUGUCCAGUUCUCCAACAUCACCUACUCAAGAGCCUCUGCCAGGUGGAAAGACACCUUUUAAAAGGGGGCAUACAAGAAAUAAAAGUACAAGCAGUGCUAUGGGUGGCAGUCAUCAGGACCUCAGUGUGAUACAGCCAAUUGUAAAAGACUGCAAAGAGGGAUUCUUCACUUCCAUUCUCUACCUGCCUGACCUUGGAGUACCUGCUGGAAACCUGGCUGAUUUAUCUCUGUAUAAUGAAUUCAGAUCUUGGAAGGAUGAGCCCACAAUGGACAGAACAUGCCCUUUCUUAGACAAAAUUUAUCAGGAAGACAUCUUUCCAUGUUUAACAUUCUCAAAAAGCGAGUUGGCUUCAGCUGUUCUGGAGGCUGUAGAAAACAAUACUCUAAGCAUUGAGCCAGUGGGAUUACAGCCCAUUCGAUUUGUGAAAGCUUCUGCCGUUGAAUGUGGAGGACCAAAAAAAUGUGCUCUCACUGGCCAGAGUAAAUCCUGCAAACACAGAAUUAAACUAGGAGACUCCAGCAACUAUUAUUAUAUUUCUCCUUUUUGCAGAUACCGGAUCACGUCUGUGUGUAAUUUUUUUACAUACAUUCGAUAUAUUCAGCAAGGACUUGUGAAACAGCAAGAUGUUGAUCAGAUGUUUUGGGAAGUUAUGCAGUUGAGAAAAGAGAUGUCACUGGCAAAGCUGGGUUAUUUCAAAGAAGAACUCUAAUGCACUGCGUGGGACCACACACAACCUCCUGAACAACUGGAAAUUGGCUGAAUGUUUUUAUGGUUACUCAACAUUUAUUUCCAAGAAAUGGGUCCAAGACUUUUCCCUCUUUUUGAAAAUUACACUGAGAAGUACUGUGAUUUCUUUUCAACCGACCUAUGCUGUGUUUGCUUAUUCUUUAGUUGGACACACUGUAAUAUGAAGAAUUACAGGGGUAUUAGUGAUUAUAAUUUAUAGAUGCAAAACCCAAUAAAUAAAUACAUAAAUAAAUGGUUUAUGUUA